AUGGCAUCGACGAAGCCACAGCAACUAGAGAACCCUUCCACUCAAGACUCUGCCAAAGAGGACAGUGUCCCGUCCAACUCAGCACCUCUCGCUCUGCCACCACCUAGCGAUGUCUCAGCAUCCACGUCGACAUCACAAACCGUCAAGCUGGACGCUCUAGGACCCAUGGUGAUAAACUCCGACGGCACGCUCUCCCGUAUUCAUAACUGGGCUGAAAUGACUGAAGCCGAGCGGGAGCGGACUCUACGUAUCCUGGGGAAGCGGAAUCAAUUGAGGCGGGAGAACAUUCUUGCCACUGAAGGGGAAAGUGAGAACGGUACCGUGGCCGAUGGUGAGAGGUCAUGA